UUAAACUGCUCGUCCACGUGUCAGUCUAUACAACUCCCUCUGGUGACGAGUAAUGAAUAUUUUACAAAUUUUUCUUUCCUUAAAACGCACAGUACAGUUACGGACCAACACAACACAUUCCCUGCGCGUCUCUUUCUCUCUCCCGAACAGUCAUUAUCAAUCUCCUACUUGGCACUCCACCCGACACGUAUGCCAAAACACCUAACAAAUUCCCACAUCACGUCACUUAAUCAUUGAUCAACUACAUCCAACGGCCCAGAUCCAACCAAGCCUCUAAUCUUCAGCCAUUGUACCACACACCCGCGUAGCAUCUGAUCAAAAGCCCGCGGCCCAACCCAAAGAAUAUGAGGAAAGCCGGAAAAGGAAAACAAACGCCCGUCAGAUUCAGCUCCGAGACUUCGCCAAGAGUCAAAUUUCACUGAACCGAAAAAGCGACGGAGCUAAGGAAACUCCAGCGGGAGAAGUGAAAAAGGUUGAAGGGAUAACCGCCGGAGAGAGAGAGAGAGGGACUCCGACGGGCGACGGAUACUAGUUCCGACGCGAUUCCCUGCAUCAAUUCCUAACUGAACCAUUGUUAGGAGCUUCGUUCGGCGUCGCGAUCUGUUUCGCUUCUACCCCGAAUUCUCUGCAGAAUUCUGGAGUUGGAUUGUCUAACUCCGGAGUUCCUCUCUUCUGGCUGGCUUAGGGUUUGAGGUCAGGAGCUUGAUUAGGUGGACAGGGGAGGAAUCUUCUGGUGAUGUUGUCGAAUCAGUUGCAGAAUGGAAUGGAGACCGCUAAUCUGUUGUGGUCUCGGAUACCUAACUCGGAGGACGGGGAGCUCGAUGGAGGGACGCUAUUGAGCACCAGCGAUGGCGGAAAUGUUGAAAGUCUUGAUUAUGAAGUAAUUGAGAACUACGAGUAUCGAGAAGAGCAGGCACAAAGAGGGAAGCUUUACGUUGGAUUUAUUGUAGUGGUGAAGUGGUUCUUUGCUUUGCUUAUUGGAAUUGGUACUGGAUUGGCAGCUGUUUUCAUCAAUAUAUCGGUGGAGAACUUUGCCGGCUGGAAGUUCUCGCUGACGUUUGCAAUAAUACAGAAGUCAUAUUUUGCUGGCUUCGUACUUUAUGUACUAAUCAACCUGGCUUUAGUUUUUUCAUCUGUAUAUAUCAUCACCCACUUUGCACCUGCUGCAGCAGGGUCUGGUAUCCCAGAGAUUAAAGGUUAUUUAAAUGGGGUUGACAUCCAUGGUAUUCUACUCUUCAGAACCUUGAUCGGAAAGAUAUUUGGAAGCAUUGGUUCUGUGGGAGGUGGUCUUGCUUUGGGCAAGGAAGGUCCUCUUGUUCAUACCGGUGCUUGCAUAGCUUCAUUGUUUGGACAAGGUGGGACUACAAAAUAUCAUGUAAGUUCCCGAUGGUUACAAUUUUUCCAAAGUGAUCGUGACCGCCGUGAUCUGGUAACCUGUGGGUGUGCAGCUGGAGUAGCUGCUGCUUUUAGAGCUCCAGUUGGUGGCGUAUUGUUCGCAUUGGAAGAGGUUACAUCUUGGUGGAGGAGUCAACUUAUGUGGCGUGUCUUUUUCACUUCUGCUAUUGUGGCAGUUGUUGUACGUACUGCCAUGGGAUGGUGUAAGAGUGGAAAGUGUGGGCACUUUGGCUCAGGGGGCUUCAUUAUAUGGGAUGUUUCAGAUGGUCAAGAAGACUACUCUUUUGAGGAGUUACUUCCGAUGGCAUUUAUUGGAGUGAUUGGUGGUCUGCUUGGUGCCUUAUUCAACCAACUCACUCUAUAUAUAACUUACUGGCGUCGAAACCAUUUACACAAGAAAGGAACCCGAGUUAAGAUAAUCGAAGCAUGCCUGAUCUCAGUCAUAACUUCUGCUGUUUCUUUUGGACUUCCACUCCUGAGAAAGUGUAGCCCGUGCCCAGAAUCUGAUACCGACUCUAGCAUUGAGUGCCCCCGCCCUCCGGGCAUGUAUGGGAAUUAUGUCAGUUUCUUUUGUGGCAAGGAGAAGGAGUAUAAUGACCUUGCAACAAUUUUCUUCAACACUCAGGAUGACGCAAUCAGGAAUCUGUUUAGUGCAAAGACGAUCCAUGAGUUCAGUGCACAAAGUUUAUUGACAUUUCUGGUUAUGUUUUACACGCUAGCAGUGCUCACUUUCGGUACAGCAGUUCCUGCUGGUCAGUUUGUUCCUGGAAUAAUGAUAGGGUCAACAUAUGGACGCCUUGUUGGAAUGUUUGUUGUCAAUUUCUACAAGAAGCUCAACAUUGAGGAAGGAACGUAUGCGUUACUUGGAGCUGCAUCUUUCCUUGGAGGUUCAAUGAGGAUGACAGUCUCUUUAUGUGUCAUUAUGGUUGAGAUCACCAACAACUUGAAACUUCUGCCUCUUAUAAUGCUCGUGCUCCUUAUAUCAAAGGCCGUUGGUGAUGCUUUUAAUGAAGGCCUUUAUGAAGAACAGGCAAGAUUAAAGGGCAUUCCAUUGCUGGAAUCUAAACCAAAAUACCAGAUGAGGACUAUGACCGCAAAGGACGCUUUUGGAAAUCAGAAGGUUGUUUCCCUUCCUCGUGUUGCUAAGGUUGCAGAUAUAGUUUCCAUCUUGCGUAGCAGUAAGCACAAUGGAUUUCCUGUAAUUGAUCAUAAAAGGAAUGGAGAGACGCUUGUAGUUGGGCUUAUGCUUCGCAGUCAUUUACUAGUACUUCUUCAGUCUAAGGUAGAUUUCCAGCACAGUCCUUUGCCGUUUGAUUCUCUCAGUGGAUCAAGACCAAUCAGUCACAAUUUCACCGAGUUUGUGAAACCUGUUUCAAGCAAAGGAAUUUCAAUAGAGGAUAUUCAUUUGAGUUCGGAUGACUCGGAAAUGUACAUAGAUCUUGCACCCUUUCUGAACCCCUCUCCAUAUGUCGUCCCAGAAGAUAUGUCUUUAACAAAAGUAUAUAAUCUCUUUCGUCAACUAGGAUUGCGGCAUUUGUUCGUUGCCCCUCGGCCUUCUCGCAUUGUUGGGCUAAUUACAAGAAAGGAUUUGUUGAUUGAGGAUGGCGAGGACACAGCCAAUGUGGAGCUCCAAUCAACUAGUACUCUGUCGUCAUGACCCGAGAGGACCGGGCACAUCUGUUAGGAGUCUGGACGUGGAGCGACCACUUUUAAACGGUCUUUUGGCUCAAGAUCGCCCGUCAAAUUGAAGUAGUCACCCUCUCAAUCCUCACAAGAUUAUGAUUGACAUUCUUUUCCUCUCCCCACUGGGCUUUCUAUUCGUCUUUUAUGGUUUAAUUGGGUGGCAACUACUUGUUUUUCUUGAGCUCCUUCGUCCCCUGCUUAUAAAUGUGUUAGGUUAUACAAGGGGAUCCUUGGUCCAUUGUUGCCCCAUAGAUCAGGCUAAGGUCAAAAGGCAAAAGGGUCCCCGUUGAGACAUGAACCACACCCGGCAGUUUAGAUACGGUUGUACUGUAUCCAGUGGUUUGAAGCAAAAAGUUAAACAGAAAAUUUCAAUCGGAUGAGAUACCAUAGUUUGCUGCAUCGUUCAUAGGUUUUAGUCAAAUCAAUGUUUCAGGAAGGAGUUUGUGUGAUUAUACUCCCUAGGUGACGUCCAUUCACUGGCCAUUGCAUUUGGCAAUUGAACAAAUGAAAUACUAUGUUAGUG